AUCCUUUAUCUCAGAGUUACGCGCGUCAUUUUCUUUGCUUAGUGGAGUGAGGGGGUGCUGCAGGGCUGUUGCCUCGCGCAGGCGGUCAAAAUUUUUUAGGGUAUAUAUCAAAGCGGAUUAUGACAUUUACACCAUCAGUGGCUGAAGUGGGAUCACAGGGAAAACAUCUCCAACAAUUGGAGUACUACUGAAGGACUUGAAAAUCUCAACACAGCUUCAGUGAGGAUCCGGGAACAAUUUUCUCAGCCAUGAAGACAUUGUCUUUGAUCUUGGUGAUCGGAUUGUCAGCCUUGGUCUUGGCUGAUCAUGGUGGACACGGUGAUGAUCACUACGGCGCUCAUCACAAGAAGUGCCACUACAAGUAUAAAACCAUUUACGAAACCAUCUACGAGACCAUCUACAAGGAAAAAUGCGAGCACGACUACAAGGAAAAGUGCGAAACAUAUUACGAGACCAAAUACAAAACCGAAUACAAGAAGGAAUGUCAGACCGUCUACGACGAGAAAUGUCUGACCGACUACAAGACCGAUUAUAAAGAGGAGUGUCAUACGGACUACGAGGAAAAGUGUCAUACCUACUAUGAAACAAAGUACGAGACUGACUACAAGGAGGAAUGCCACACUGUCUACAAGAAGAAAUGUCACGAGGUGGGAUACGGUUACCACAAGGAGACCAAGUGUGAUCAUGUCCCGGACAAGAAGUGCAAGAAUGUACCCUUCCAGGUGCCGAAGCAAAUCCCCAAGAAGUCGUGCAAGAACAUCCCCAAGAAGUCAUGUAAGAAGGUCCCCUUCCAAGUGCCAUUCCAACAAUGCCAUCCCGUCCCACGUAAGGAGUGCAAGGAUAUUCCCGUCGAGGUUCCAUUCCAAGUGCCCAAGAAGAAGUGCGAUAAGAUACCCGUCAAACAUUGCCACAAGGUUCCCGAGAAGGUCCCCAAGAAGGUGCCCAAGCAAGUCAAGAAGAAGAUUUGUGAGCAUGGAUAUGAAGAUCAUCACGAUUCUGGAUAUGGAGGCCACGGUGGUGACCAUGGUGGACAUGGUGGAUACGGAGGACAUGGUGGACACGGGGGACAUGGUGGACAUGGCGGGCUCAGCUAUUCUAGUCAUGGACCGGGACACAACAGUUACUUCCACUCAUCUGGACCUGGCUUCAAGGGAGGCAGUUUGGGAGGUGGCGGAUUUGGCUUUGGGAGCGUCGGCUUUGAUUACCAUGAAGAUGGAUUCGACGGAUUUGGUCGAGAGAACCCCGCCGAGAAACGAGAUGUCCUUCCUGCUGAGGCCAAGAACGACGAGGUCCAGCCGGCUGCUCCAGUUGCCACCCAAAAAGAGGCUGAUAAUGCCAAAGACGCUCCUAAAGUGGCCCAAGCCCCACCACCCGCUAAGAAUGAGUCAAGUGCCAAAAAGGCAGGAAAAAAGGAUUUUCCCACCUUUGCCGAUUUUGGCAGCUUCGGUGCUGGCUUUAACCGCCGUUCCGGUCAAGAAUAAUUGGUGGUAGUCUCUAUUGACCUAACUUAGGCAGGUUUUUCAUGUUGUUGCUCUAUUCACGUAUGGUCAUUUGACAAAAGUGUCCAUUGAGUUAUCUUAUAUUUCCUUUUUAUUUAUUCACUCCAAGGAAAUAUUGUUUCUUAUCUCAAAUUCUGUGAUACCCGGGAAGCCCGAUGUAUGUUUUGAUUUCUUCCGAACCACAUUAUUUCCUGCUGUUACUUACAACCAUUGCCAUUUUCCGGUGAAUUGAAGCCUUGUUUUGUUGGGCUUGGUGCAACCUAAAUGUAUCGUUUAUUUAUGCCAAAUAAAAGCUAUUUCAUCCAA